GCACAGCCUGGAGAUCUGGGAGCGCAGCGCCUGAAGUGGAGCGCCCACCCAUCGGCUCUUAGGAAGGGGUGUGAGACCGCGGGACGGACGGACAGAGGAGGAGGAGAAGAAGAAGAAGAAAGAAGAAGGAUUCAUCCAAAACCAACCGAGAUGGCUGUAGCCAGAGAACCAGGGUCGGGCCUGGACCAGAGGGACGCCGCCGACCAGAACUUUGACUACAUGUUCAAGCUGCUGAUCAUCGGCAACAGCAGCGUGGGGAAGACCUCCUUCCUGUUCCGCUUUGCAGACGACUCCUUCACCUCGGCCUUUGUCAGCACGGUGGGCAUCGACUUCAAGGUCAAGACCAUCUACAGGAACGACAAGCGGGUCAAACUUCAGAUCUGGGACACAGCGGGGCAGGAGCGCUACCGGACCAUCACCACAGCGUACUACAGAGGAGCCAUGGGGUUCCUGCUCAUGUACGAUAUCACGAGCCAGGAGUCGUUCUGCGCCGUACAGGACUGGGCAACCCAGAUCAAGACGUACUCGUGGGGCAACGCUCAAGUAGUGCUGGUGGGCAAUAAGCUGGACCUGGAAGAAGACAGGCAGGUCCCCACUGGAGAUGCCCAAAGACUGGCUACAGAGCUUGGCUUCCAGUUCUUCGAGGCCAGCGCAAAAGACAACGUCAACGUGAAGCAGGUGUUUGACAACCUGGUGGACGUCAUCUGCGAGAGGAUGACGGAGAGCGUCAACGGCGACGCCAGUCCGUCAGCCAAUCACAAGGAGGCUGGCCUGAAGGAGACGCCCCUAAGCGGCACGGGCGGCUGCGCAUGCUGAUGGAUGACAGUGGGAAUUCUCAGAAAGCUGGUUUCACAGACACACACACACACACACACACACACACACACACACACACACACAGAUAUUAACUGAAUUGUCAAAAGUGUAUCAUUGUAGAUGUACUUCUUCAUGUUACUGCAAUAAUUUAAUGUAUGUUCGGCUCCCCUUUGUUUUUUCAUUUGAUCUUUCCACAACUUGGUGACGACUCCAGCUUCGUUGCCAUUUGAAUGUGACUGUUACACUGAGAUGCCAAAGAGCUGCACUGAGCGGCUGUGCCUUUAUUUUAGUUUUUGGUUUGUUUUUUUACCUGUCACCUCUGCUUCAUUAGUUCUUGUUAAGUGGGUGAACAGCACCUGUUGCAGCUGGGGAUGUGACUGAACAACAUGAGCAGUUGUGCAGGGAUCACUGUGAUUUACCUGUGUCAUGCCGCCACCUUGUGGCUGCUGCAUGGAAAUGCAUCACUGUGACUGGAUGUGAGCUCCUAGUCCUUCUCAGGAAGAAGGAUGUUCAAACAUACCUGAAGGGUGCUGUGUCAUUACACCCCGAUGUGCACGGUCCAGUCUUGUUAUUACUGUUUAGGAGGGAAAAUCUCAUUUGGUCUUAAUUUAUAUUUUCCUUUUUGUACCUUUUAAUCGUUAAUGCUUGUUAAAUAUUUCCUUUGCCAGGUUU